AUGGGUGAUCGCUAUAACAUUCACACGCAGCUCGAGCACCUUCAGUCGAAAUACGUUGGGACUGGUCACGCUGACACUAUUAAGUGGGAGUGGCUAACAAAUCAGCAUCGCGAUACCUGCUCCUCUUAUAUGGGACACUUCGAUUUGCUCAACUACCUGGCUCUUUGUGAGAAUGAAUCGAAGGCACGAAUUCGUUUUAACCUAAUGGAAAGAAUGCUUCAGCCAUGUGGCCCGCCACCUGAACGCACUGAUGCAUGA